AUGCAUAAUAAUCGAUGUCCUGUCGCUCGUCUUCGCCAAGUUGACCGAGAGUGGCGGCUGCACGUUGACACACCUGACGCCCCAGCUCUACCGCCGCCGCCAACACCACCACCACCACCACCACCACCACCACCACCACCACCACCACCACCACCACAGCCACCACCACAGCCACCACCACCAAGUAAUUACUUCUUAUUUAUCGCAUGCAUAUUCGUUGCUGACUUUCGUUGUAGACAGCCAUUUUUCUCAAAAAUUAAGUUUGAUGUUUAAUUGAGUCUACACAUGUGACCCAAGCGACUAUCUUCGUAAAAAGAAGCACCCGAACACUCACUGAUUCGGUAAAUGCCUUCAAGAUUAAUCUUAUUUUAAAGUUCUCAACAGCCUGCUAUUUCAGAUUCUGUCCUUAUGGACGAUCGGGUGAAGGCAUUAGAAAUCAUGAAGUAUUCGGCAUCAUUUCGAGGUUUAUCUGAAACUCUACGUAAUCCAAAACGAACUAAAGGUGUAAAUAAGUUAAUCGGAAGAAAACCUCUCUUAAUAAACACAACAUUGUAUGAUUACGAUGACGCCAGUGAGUUCUUCUAAAAUUAUUAGAAAUCGUCUGGCCCCAUGAAAAAUAAACCUAUGAAAACUAUUGACCCUACGAGGUCCUCAUCAGCUUAACUCACCUAAAUCCAAUUUCCCAUGUUGAAAACGAUAAUAUUUGACUAAAAAGAGGCAAAGGUAAAACGACAGGCUGGAAAACUGCUUCGAAAUAUACACUCAAAAUAUAGGUAGAUGACAAAAAGCUUAUAUGCAAUCACGCUAGUGAUAAGAAGAUAUUAAGUUGUAAACUUCACCAAAACGUUAUUAAUAGCCAUUGUUAAAUUUCAAAAGGCAAAUUAGUGAGCAUAGGCCUGCUUUCGAUAAAUAAUUAUCUUCAGGACAAUACGGCUAUUAUUGAAGAAUAAAUGGAUGAAAAGGGGAUACGGUCACGUAGAUAAUUAAGCUGUACCUCGGGUUUGGAGAGGCAAGGGCAGAGGAGUGGAGGGGAGCGGAGGGGAGGGGGAGAGUAAAAGACCAGAAUUGCUGUCAGCGUGAGGGAGAAUGUCGGUGCCGGCGGCGGCGAAGGUAACUACAUGCGGGCGAGCGGGUGGUUGGCAUGGUGGCUUUGAGCCAUGCCAAAUCUAUCGCCUGUAGGAUCUACUUCUGUGCGCAUAGCACCGGUGCGCUCCGCGUAGACCGAUUGCAGCCGCCUCUGCCGUAGCCAAGAAACGCUGCCCAAGCAGCUUUUGGAUAGUUACACGACACCUUGUAAAUUUCUCUGAAGGACUGCCUGCUCUGCGUCUACACUGUGUUCUGUGUCUACCACGUGAGCGCGCCAACAUCGAGCUGUUUUAACGCUUUCCUAACCAUGCUGGCAGAUGUUCUUGGAUAAACGCCGGCUCGUACCACCAACAUAUUCUGCCCCACAGGCGAAGGUGUUCUAAAUACACAUAGAGGUGGUUUAAGGUGGUAGUUUGUCCUUCCCCCCUCCCUGGAUAGUAGGAUGGCACCGGUGGGUGUCAGCUGAUGGAAGGGUCUGUGUUACAGAACUGUGAGUUAGGCAUCUUUUUAAAAGUUCGCUUGCUUGGUGCAUCCCCUUUAAAUGGGAGCCUGAUGAAAAGCCUUUUCUUUCCUGCCGUCGGUAUCGGGCACCUCUAUGGUCUUUCGGUCAUCUUCUUAGCUGGAUACCCGUUCUGGCGAAAAAGGCCUUCGAGGAUCUUCAGCUCUUUCUCAACAACACUAUCAGCUGAGCAGAUUUUUCUCACUCUUUCUGUCAUACAGCGGACUAAAUGACGUUUAACCUUUAGCGGUACGAAACUUCCAAAAUGGGUGUAUUGUCCGGACCAGGUUUUCUUACCAUAGACGCUACGUCCAAUGCUGCCGUCAGGUAGAUCUUCCACUAAGAAGCACACCCAGAAAGGGAAGUGAACAGGACAGAUCUAAUUCUUCUUCCUAUUCCAGAGUGAAUUUUAUUGAUGGAUGCGCCUGAUUUAUGUCAUCAAGUAGACGACUUGAGAUGUCACUUUGUUUCCGUGCAAUUGCCAAUAUAUCAGCAUCAGUAUCAAUAUCAGUGUAUUUAAGGGAAUGUAGGUGUGUAUCUUUGAAAUCAGAGUUAUUAUAUGGGGAAAAUGAAAAUGAAGUAACGUGAAUGAAAUACAAGGGGAAUAACAAAAACUGUUCAAAUAUACACAGAAAGUCAGGCGUUUACAGCAUUAAUAGACCCAUGAACACGGUUUGUUCAUUAAAUGCAGCAGAAUGUUAAAGCACACCUAUGCUACAGGAAAAGAAGUAAAGUUUUUUAGUCCACAAGUAUCGUUGUGAAUGCGAGCAGUGGUGUGCGACUUGGUCCGAAAUUCACAAAUUACAUAAACAUAUGUUACUUAAAUGUUGGUAGUGGCAUCGUCAUAACACUAAAUUGUCAACGUUGGCUAUCAAGGUGGCUGUAGUCCGGCGUUAUUGUGGUGCGCGCCGCGGUGUUGUUGAAGGCACUCAGUCGGGGUACCUACGGUUCAGCAGCACUAAGCUUGUGAAGGCGAAUGUACGAGCCGUGUUUAUUAAGAGAUGCCUCCUCGAGGGAAAUGAGUACCCGAACUCCUACUGGAGAUGAAUGCGUCGGAGUGAGUCGUACGGUCAUGCUCUCCUGUGAUACCUUGAGAAGAUAGGCCGAAGAUGAUUUAGAGAGCAGGCGUGUUGUAAAGCAGGUGGAAGAGCUGGUGCGUCAUCUUUCUUUGACUUUAAGAAGACGUUUGAUAGCGUUCCACAUGGUCGACUCCUGCAGAAGAUUUGGAAAUAUGGAAUAGAGGGCUACAUUUUUAAGUGGAUUUAAAAGUUUCCUGUCAUGCAGGCUCCAAAAAGUGAUCGUUGGUACCACUGCAUUCGAAUGGGUGCCCGUAAAAUGCGGCAUUACGCAGGGCUCAGUCUUGGGUCCUCUCCUCUUCCUUAUCUAUAUAAAUGACUGUCCUGCAGACCUUGAAUGCGACGGCAUCAUGUUUGCAGAUGAUUUAACGAUCUGGAGCACAAUCAGCUGUGUUGACGACACGCAGAAGCUACAGGAAGAUGCUACUCUGCUGGCUGCGUUGUUCAGCAUGUGGAUUCUAACGUUUAAUGUGUCCAAAUGUGCAGUCUUUCGACUAGAAUCUGGACGGAGGCGCUUCCCAAAACAUCAGUACACCAUAAAUGGGGUUCCACUAAUAGAGGUGGACACGCACAAAGACCUCGGUGUCUGGACAUGCUCAAACUUACUGCCCUCUCAGCACUGCAAACCACUCAUCCAAAAGACGACCAACAUCAUGCACUGGAUUAGACGUGCCUUCAAAAUCUUUCCUCCAGAACUCUUCUCACAGAUAUUCGGCACGUUCGUCAGACCGCAAUUGGAAUACGCACUGCCAUCAUGAAUGCCCUGGAGGAAGAAAGACAGAGAUGCCAUAGAGCAGGUGCAACGACGGGCCACAAAACUGGUGGAAGGUCUCAGGACUCUGUCCUACCCAGAAAGACUGAUCCAGUUAAACUUGUUCCCCCUAUCCUAUAGACGAAUGAGGUGUGACCUGUUAUGGACAUUCUGCAUUAUACACGGGCAUGAAUGUUCACUCAAAACUGAAGACUUCGUUGAUUCCACGACCACGAGUCACCUGCGCAGUCACCCGUACACAGUCAAGCGGAAGCGUAUACGCCUAGACCAUCGGAAGUUUUCCUUCAGUCAGCGUGUUGUUUGACCGUGGAACUUAGUAGCACGUGAACUGGUGACAUCUGAUACAAUGGCAGGAUUCAAAAGGCAGCUGGAUCGUUUGAUCUUUGAUAAACGACGACUCUCACUGCAGGACCAUCUGCGGCCAGCCAUUAAUUUCAAUUCUUGUUUUCAGUAGCAGUGCUGAAGAAGUGACACACACAUUUAGAGGUUAAGAGAACUGCAUUGGCGGAAUAACGGCGUUCUGAUAACUAGCCCAGAUUAGGGAACUGGCGUUGUAUUGAUUUACAGGGUAGAGGACUAUAUUAGGAAAAUACAAUCAAUUCUGUCCGAUGAGAAAUAUUUCAGAAAAAGUGAUAGAGAAGGAGAAGGACCGAAGAUACUAGAUUGAAGCACUUCUGACUGACUGACUGCAGAUGCAUGUGCCGGAUUUGUGUUUCCUUAUCUUAAUAAAAAUGGCUCGUACUUUCGCUAAACAAGCUUGGUGCUGCUGAACCGUAGGUACCCAUUGAGUGCAUUCAGCAGCACCGCGGGAUUUUUGGACUGCGUUUUGAGUUGAGAUAUUUGCCAUUGUAAUAUUUAAAAGGCAAUUUGGCGAGCGUAGGUCUACUUUCGAUUAAUACUUUUCUUUAGGCCUAGAUGACUACUAUUGAAAAAAUAAUGAAUGAAAUGAUACGGGCACGUGGAUAAUUAAGCUUUACCUUCUCUAUUGCACUUUUCCGCCGCACGCCUAUAAACCGACCAACAAACUUUGGCGUCAAUCGCUGUUUGCUUGUCUUAUCACCUCGUAUUUACGUCCACUUUUCAAUUUAUUCUCCGCCUUUUCAACACUCUUAUGCUCCGCUAACCUUACUGUUUAUUGCUUUAGAUUCACAAAGCAUAACCGAGUUAUACUGACUGUCUUCUGACAUCGCUUUGACCUCGGGUGCGACUAUUCCGCUGAAUAAACCUGCACUGAAUCUAAAAAAUCAAUAUAAUACCAACAAAGCUAUUCGAGUCCUGUUCGAGCAAAUCGCAGAUAACAGCCCUUCGGAUCUGUCGCUGCACUCACAGCCAGCUUCAGUAAUCACCUUUGAUCAAAGAGAUUUGAAACGACAGUGACUUGAAAUAGAGCUCAGCAAAUUGCGUCUACUAGAAUUCAAAGGACGCAUUGAGUUGGAAAAAUUACAGCUUAUGGAAAUGGAAAGUCAAGAAAUGAAUAAAGAUGACGAUGUUUGUGCGAUCAUUCAUCAGAGAGAUUUUCGCACCACAGAGAAUCAUCUAGAGCCACCAAAUCGGGAAAUUCAGAAGUUUGACGGAAAUCCUAAAUUUUAUUGUGCUUCUGUGAAGCAGUCCCAUUCUGUAAUUGAAAGAUAAACUAAUGACAGCAUCACAUGCCUCACUUAUCUGAUACAGUUCUGUGAGGGGAAAGCGAAGGAGGCCAUACAACAUUGUGCGAUAUUAGACGCCGACGAAGGUUUUAAAAAGGCCAAAUAUAUUUUGAGAAGAAGAUUCGACCAGCAUUUUAUGGUAGUCCGAGCCUUUAUUGAUGCAUUAAUCGACGAACCUCAAAUAAAAGGCAACGACCCCGCAGCGUUGGUUCACCUCAGCCAACGAAUGCAGGCAUGUGUGGCAACCUUGAAUCCACUCAACUAUGCAUCCGAUUUCAACUCUAGCAGAACUCUGGAGUCGAUUGUGAGACGUCUACCCUCCCAAUUAAGAUUCACAUGGGCUGAAACCGCUGCAAAUGCAAUACGUCAGGACGACGAACCGUAAUUUGAAGAUCUCGCGAACUUCCUAGUUGAACGCACGGAUGUUGCCUGUACUCGGUUCCGAUAAAUAGCGGUUAGUUUGAGAGAUCAUGAAGGUCAGCAGCCCAGUAGGACACACAGAUUGUCAAGAAAUCUUUAAAGUAAUGUGCUUGUUGCAAUCAGCACGGAAAUAAAGCGUAUUGUGACCCCUUUCCCUUUCUGUUGCACGGUCUGUGGAGAACAUCAUUAUCCCGAUAAAUGUCCAACAUUUGUGGCCUCUGACAAGACAGUAAGGAGCAGGAUUGUACAACAGCGCAAACUGCUUGAAAAAGAAACAUAUAGAUAAGAAUCCGAUCACAAAGCGUAUGUACAGGUGAGGACUGCGGAAGAGAAAAUCAUACUCAACUACAUACCGGCAAUGAAGAGCUCAAUAGCUCGUCCAAUAUAUUCAGUCAUCACGUAGACGUAAAUGAAGACGAGGUUACAAGGGCAGCCCUCGUGGUAAUACAGGUUGAGUUAGGCGGCGUCUUUUUAACAGUUGGCUUGCCAGCAUUUAUCCACUACCAGUCGCUCGUCUUCGCCAAUUUCUUCCACCAUGGCUGCCUCUUGACAUACCUGACGCCCCAGAUCUUCCACCUGCUUUACAACACGCCUGCUCUCUAGAUCAUCUUCGGCCUAUCUUCUCCCAGGCCUAUCACAGGAGGUGAUAACCGUACGACUCAAUCCGUCGCAUUCAUCUCCAGUAGGAGAUGGGGUACUCAUUGCCUCGAGGUGGCAUCCCUUAAUAAACCUGACUUGUACAUUCGCCUCCACAAGAUUGGUGGUGCUGCUGAACAGUAGGUACCAACAUUGAGUGCCUUCAACAACACCGCGGCAUAUUUGGACUGUUUUAGAGUUGCGAAUUUGCCAUUGUCAGAUUCAAAAGGCAAUUUGGCGAGCAUAGGUCUGCCAUGGAUAAAUUGUCUUUAGGCCUGUAUGGCUACUAUUGAAGAUGUAAUGAAUGAAAAGGGGAUACGGGCACGCGGGUAAUUAAGCUAUAUCUGGGGCUUAGAGAGGGGAGGGGAGGGGGAGAGUGAAAGAGCACAAUUGCAGUCAGAGUCAGCGAGAAGGUGGGUCACGGCGGCGAAGGUUAUUACAUGGGGAGGGCGGGCGGGCGGGCGGCCGUUUCGGUGGGUGGUUGGCUGGCUGGCCUAAUGGAUUUGUCCCAUGCCAUCAGUGGGCGCAACCUGUAGGAAAUUCUCUUCUGGGCGCAUAGCACCGGUCCGCUCCGCGUAGCCUCAUUGCAACCGCCUCUGCCGUAGCCAAGAAGCGCUGCCCAAGCAGUAUUUGGAUAGUUUGAUGGCACCUUGUAAAUUUCUCUGAAGGACACUCUGGUCUACGUACACGGUGGUCGGCGGCGGCGUCGACCACGUGAGCGCGCGAGGAUCUAGCUCAUUACUUUCUUUAUUUGACACUUUGCAAACCUGGCCUGCUUGGAGAUGUUCUUUUGGAUAAACGCCGGCCGGUUCCUGCCAUCAAUAUAUUCUGCCCACCCCACAGGUGGAACACAGGUGUAAGGAUGUUUAAAUAAGCAUAGAUGUGCUCUGAGCUGGUAGUUUUUCCUUGCCCCCUCCCUCCCUGGAUAGUAGAAUGGGAAUGCUGGGUGUCAGCUGCUCAAAUGCUCCGUGCUAAUACAGCUUGAGUUAGGCGGCGGCGUCUAUUUAACAGUUGGCUUCCCAGCAUUUAUCCACUACCAGUCGCUCGUCUUCGCCAAUUUCUUCCACCAUGGCUGCCUGUUCACAUACAUGACGCCCCAGCUCCUCCACCUGCUUUACAACACGCCUGCUCUCUACUUCAUUUUCGGCCUAUCUUCUCAAGGUAUCACACGAGGUGAUAACACUACGACUCACUCCGUCGCAUUCAUCUCCAUUAGGAGACGGGGUACUCAUCAGUCCCUCCAGGAGGAGGCAUCCCGUAAUAAACCUGACUUGUACUUUCGCCUGCACAAGAUUGGUGGUGGUGCUGCUGCUGCUGCUGCUGAACCGUAG